AUGGCGGGAAAAGGAAAUGCCAAAGUGGUUGUGACGCAUCCGAAGAGUCGGAAGGUGCGGCAACUGCAGCGGCAGUCGCGGCGGGAGAAACGAAUUAGUGAACAGAAGGGAAAGCGGAACGCAAAGGCAGCUCUGGAGGCGGCUCGCUUCUUCUGGUUUCGCGAGCAAUGUUUGGCCUUGGGGCGGACUAAACUGGCGUUCUCCCGCGAGGAGGCACAGGUGCUAACGGAACAAUAUCUAAAACGGAACGACGAGGAAAUUGUGGCUCUGAAAUCCAUGCGCAAUCCCACUGCGGGGCGUAUCAAAAUACUCGAGGCCAUGAAAACAAGUGAGGCAGAUGAUUUCAACUCCUCCAAAGGAAUCGUCAUACCAGACAUCACCAACAGCGAUAAUCUAGAGAUUCUGACGAGCAUAUGGGAUGGACGAGCGGACACAGCCGGUGUCGUUCGGCGAGUGGGAUUGACACGCACUGGCGUAUCCCCCGCAGCACCCGCGGUAACCGAGCUGGAGGGAAAACUGUUAACCAUUGAUGAGGUACGUGAGAGGUCCAUCGACUUCACGUCAAGGAAGGCGCGGAAGUUCCAAACGAUGAAGAGAGUCCAGUCAGUUAAGAAAACACCUACUGCAGAGGACGUUUGGUUGAGGUCCAAAAAGCGGGGAGUAGACCUCCAAGCAAAAAGGUUGCGGCAGGGACGGGAGGCCGUGCUGAAGACGCGAAGGGCCAAUUAA